CGCUCGGGACGGACGGGUGGGGCCUGGCCGCUUGUUGUCGUCCGCCGCCGCUUGAGGAAACGCUCGGUCGCCGCUCGCUCCGCCGCCGCUCGGGGAUCCCUCAGAUCUCCCUCAGCCGCUCGCUGCGUCCCGAGCACUCCGCGGCCAUGUCGGGGUGGGCGGAGGCCCGGCGGGCCGGGGUGAGACGGCGGACGGCGGCCGAAGCCCACUCGCCCUCCUCGAGCUUUUCCCGGAGACGCUGCCCCUUACGCACGCCCCGAGCCUGAAGGAGCACCGCCGCCAGAAGGCCGCACCGGGACCGGGAGACGCCGGACACACGCCUUGCUGCCGCUGCCGCACAGGGAAUCGCUUUGAGCCCAGCACGGAGACAAUGAAGCUGUUGGAAAACUCAAGUUUCGAAGCAAUAAACUCCCAACUGACGGUGGAGACGGGGGAUGCCCACAUCAUUGGGAGGAUCGAGAGCUACUCCUGCAAGAUGGCCGGCGACGACAAGCACAUGUUCAAGCAGUUCUGCCAGGAGGGCCAACCCCACGUCCUGGAGGCCCUGUCACCCCCUCAGACCACGGGGAUCAGCCCCAGCAGGCUCAGCAAGAGUCAGAGCGGUGACGACGAGGGGCCGCUGAGCGACAAGUGCAGCCGCAAGACGCUCUUCUACCUGAUCGCGACGCUCAACGAGUCUUUCCGGCCCGAUUACGACUUCAGCGCCGCCAAGAGCCACGAGUUCAGCCGGGAGCCCAGCCUCAACUGGGUGAUCAAUGCUGUCAACUGCAGUCUCUUCUCUGCGGUCCGCGAGGAUUUCAACGCCCUGAAGCCACACCUGUGGGACGCCGUGGAUGAGGAGAUCUGCCUUUCUGAGUGCGACAUCUAUAGCUACAACCCAGACCUGGAUUCAGACCCCUUUGGAGAGGACGGCAGCCUCUGGUCCUUCAACUACUUCUUCUACAACAAGAGGCUGAAGAGGAUCGUCUUCUUCACCUGCCGCUCCAUCAGUGGGUAUGCUUACACCCGGCCCGAGGCGAGCAACGAGCUGGACAUGGACCUCAGGGAGGAGGACACGGAGGAGAGCAGAGACCCCAACGACCCCGAGAGCGGCAGCAUCGAGGAGGACAGGUUGCAGGUGAUCUGCAUGUGAUCCCAGAGCUGCUUCUGCUGUACACACACAGACAUACACACACAAACAUACACACACACACACAAACACACACAAACACACACACACACACACACACACUGGAGUGCCCCCAGCACCUCGGAGCACAGCGAACUGAGAAUGGCUGCCGUUCCCCCCCAAAGUGCAUCCCCUCUCCAACCCUUUUUGGGGCUGUGAUGGAUCCCUUCUCCAUCCCCUUUUUGGGGCUGUGAUGGAUCUCCUCUCCAUCCCCUUUUUGGGGCUGUGAUGGAUCCCCUCUCCAUCCCCUUUUUGGGGCUGUGAUGGAUCCCCUCUCCAUCCCCUUUGGGGGCUGUGAUGGAUCCCCUCUCCAUCCCCUUUGGGGGGCUGUGAUGGAUCCCCUCUCCAUCCCCUUUGGGGGGCUGUGAUGGACAGCCGCGCCGUGCCGAGCUCCGAGAAGCUUUGCUGCACUUUAUUGCUGAUCUCAUUGGCUGCACUGACCUGCAAACUCCUCGUGGCUCCAGGCCGGGCUGGACUUCCCUCAAGCACUUUUCCUCCAUCCGUCCAUCCAUCCGUCUGUCUGCCCCCAGCAGCAGCAGUGGGGCCGGGGGCUGCCCGACCCCUCCCGAAGAGCUCCGUGUUCUGUCCUUUCCGAGGAAGAGUCCAUUCGUUUCAAAGAGGUUUGCUUUGCUCUUACCCUCCCAUCGCCAUUCUCUUCUCCCUUUUGGGUUCAUUUUCUGGUUUUUCAGUCCUCGCCGGGAGGUUCUGCAUCGCCCCGCGCCUCUUGGGGGGAUGUUGGGGGGGUGGGAGGGGGGAGGGGGUUUGCUGUUUGGUUUCUGAACCACGCAUUGACUUUGGGCAGCGGCAGGGCGGGGCUGGGGGGGGUCUCGGGGUGUUGAUUUUUGUACUUGGGGGCACACAGUGGGAGCAUCUCCCCACGUUCUCCCUCCGCCUCACAGCUCCUGCUCAAGGCAGGGCUCAGCUGAGCGCGCACAACCCCGAGCUGCCCCGAAGCUGGGAGCCCACCCAGGGCCCCGCUCUAUUUUGGGGCAUCCCAUCCCACAAACCCCCUCCCCCUCUGACUGUGGGGGUCUGCCCCCCAAAUCCGAGCUGUGCUGUGCUGACGUGGGGCCGUCCUGCAGAGGGGUGGGUCUCGUCUCAGCCCCACUGCUGCCCCAGGGGAGGAUUUGCCUUCGGCUUCUGCUCCUCACGCUGCCCGACCUCCCCCCUUCGCUCAGGCUGGGAAAGAAGGAGGAGUGGGAAGGGGGAGCUGAGGGUGGGGGCGCAUGGAUCCCCCCCACUGUGGGUGAAGGACCCGGUCCAUCCCACCGCCGUCGCUCCGCCCGUGGCCGCCCGCCCCGUCCCACCCGUCAGGGACGAGUGACUUCACAGCAUAGCAAUGUAUCCUUACACCAAUAAAGGGUUUCUGUGAUUCA